CACCAACCAAAUAACAGCACUUGGGAAUAUAGGGAGAAUAAUGGCAAUGUAGACAUGGAUAGGAGACAUAAUGAGGAGAGUUUGAGAGAAAGACGUUCAUGGGAUACUAACCGUGCAUCAAGUGACUUAGUGGGUGAUAAGCACAGAGAUGAUUUCAGGGAUGAUUCAGACAAUAUCAGGCAUUAUCAGGAUAAUGAAGGACAGACUAGGGAUAACUACAGCUAUCAAGAACAGACUGAGGGAUAUUAUCCACAGCGCUGGAAUAAUGAACAAAUGGAAGAAGUAGAUUACUAUGAAGACAACUGGAAUGGUUGGGAUUCGGCUUAUAAUGGCAGUGGUGAAAACUUUUGUGAAAGAGAAACGUAUGACAGAGAGAAGGUUUGUAAAUGGUUCAUUGUAGGAGUUAUAUAACUUCAUUCAUUUACAUUAACGUUUUGCAUAGUGCCAUGUUCUCUCAGUCAAGAAGAGUCAUUGACAGAAAGAUGCUAACUUCCUUUUCCUUACCCCUCUACUCUUGAGUUUGCUAUUUCUCCUUUGUCUUUCCUACGUACCUUUUCGCUCUUAAGGAACAUGUUCAAGUAGCUGAUUAUGAAAAUGAAGCAGAAUAUCAUAGAAAACAGUGAAAGGUUCUGCGGCCAUGAAAGAAUUGGAUAAAAAAUUUAGAUCACCCCAGUUGUAGUGGAAGAAAAGACCUCUGAGAAUACCAGUUGAAUGGAUGUUCCAACUUAGUUUUGAGAGGGUACAUGUAGGAAAACCCACAGAGUUACAUGUAGGUUUGUUUGAGUAUCUGAUUGGUAGUGCUAAAUAAAUUAAGUAAAAUGGCAUUAAGGUGUGAAGAUUUUAUGAUAAUCUGGUUCUCUGGAAAACUCUAUCAAAAUGUUGUUCUGUUUUUCUUCCUCUCACCAUUUUUCCUUUAUACCUUUUAUAUUCCCCUUUAUCAUCCAACCUACCUUCACUAAUUUCUGUGUAUUUACUAGGAACUCCCAUAUCACCGUGAGGAGGACAUUUGGCAAGGAAGAGAAAAUAAUCAAGAUGACAACCAAGCUUUCUUUGACCAAAAUCAGUCAUGGGACUAUGACCGCAGAUAUAAUGAACCAGACAGAAACCAGGAGUUUUACUGUGAACGGUAUGAAGAAAACUUUAGUCAAGAGUAUGAUAAUAGCCAAUAUGAUGAUUACAGGAGAAGAUCUGAAGAAACAAGUCAUGACAGUGAAGAUCUUCGUGAAACGAUAAGAGAGUGGCGAGGUCAAAGGGAAAAUAACGGGACACACGAGUUACAGGCACAAAGACAAGGUAUGUUUAUUCAUGUUCCGAUUAAAGUCAUCAUUACGUUGUGGUAGGGCGUUUGGUUAUGUGGGAGCUAGGUAAUUUUCAGCUCUCCUUCCAGCCACCUCCUAAUUGUCCUCCCAAAGGUCCCGAGAACUUUCUCUCCUAGUCAGGUCCAGUAAAGGCGCCUUAUUUAAUAACAGCCUGUGUUGAUGGUCGACCCCAUGAACUUUUCUUCUCACUUACUCUUCCACUUGUUUUAUUAGCACUAUCCUGCACAUUUUUCUUCUCCCUGUGUUUAGAUUUGUGUAUGCUGACAUUCAUUUAAUGAUAAGAAAGCAGUUAAAAUUUGACACUAUUUGUAUCCAAGCUGCACUUUUUGCCGACCCUAAAUGUCUCGAUGUAAAUUUCUGAGCCCUGGGCUUUGCUCCAAACUGUCUUUUUUCUCUGAGGUUUAUGAUUUGAUACCCGUCGUGCAUCCCUGGAUUUUCCAUGUUGAUUGGCCUGCAUUCGACCCCCCAAAAAGGAAAGAUUACGACCAAUCUCUUUAUGCGGAAAGAGGGGCCUUAAGCGUAGGCACACAUCCCUUCGCCAACUUUGACUUAACAGCACUGUUUUCCUUCAUUUACAGAAGAUAUUUCCAACAAUUUUUCACGAUUCUAUGAGGAAGAUCAUCCAUCUAGACGGGAGGAAGUUACUCCCACCAACCCAACAAGGAGAAGACUAUCUGACCCUGACGUCCAACAACGAGAAUGGCAAGAUUUUGCAGAUCGGAGAUCCUGCAACAACUCCAGAGAUUUUACUUCCAGGAAACGUGGGAAUUUUCUGGAAGAAAGGCCUAGGUCAGAUGAAUGGUUAGAAAGUGGUUGGAGGCGUGUUGAGAAAAGACGUCGCCGUAGCAUUUCACCUGUUAACUUGAGAUCUCGGGACUAUGAUCAUCAAGAGAUUCCUCUCUCUGAGGAGCGGGGUCGAAAGAGAUCCCCGGAAGCUCAUGACAUCAGAGCACCUGUCAAUCUUAAGCAUAGUGCCGAUUUUGCUCAUUCAGCGUGUGAUCACCCCACCAGUUCAACUUCACCACGAAAACGAAAUUCACCAGGCAGAAGCACGCGAGAUUCAUCUAGUGAAGCCUCGCCACUGAGUGAAAGAUCAAGUUAUUCUUGUAGUGAGCAAUCCUCGGAAAGAAGGUUUGGUGGGAGCCGCAGCUUUGAUACUCGGGAAAGGCACCAUAACAGCAGGGUGCCAAAUGAGAGAGGACGCCCUGAACGGUCAAAGAAAGAGGCUAAUCUUCGUCGGUCUCUGAUGGAACACCAGCACAGAAAACAUAUUUCAUGCGCGGGUAGAGACAGAUCCAAGGAAGAGAGAUUGAGUUAUUCAUCAUCGGAAAGAGAAAGGAAAUCUCCAGAUGAACAUUGCAGAUCAACUGGCUCCCGAAGCACAGCCGAAUCCACCUCUUCAUCCAGAACUGGAAACAGAAAGAGACACCAUGAAGAUGAAAGGACAAGGCAUAACAUGGAAUCAAAUAAAAAACGUGAGCUUGUAAUUUGGGUUUUGAUUGUUCAUAAUGUUCAAGGGCAUUCUUUCACUUGAGAUAAAACGAAAGCCACAUUGAACUGCAUGUGGAAAACGCUACCGUAGGAAAUAAACUCAACAACAGCUAUGUGAGUGAUGCCCCUUUCGUAUUUCAUCUAUACAUUAGGAAGUAAGAAACAUCUUUUAGAGAUUAGUACUAAGUAAUAAAUAUGGCAGAGAUAAAGAUUUUAUCGCUUAAGUUUUCUUUUCAGGAAAGGAAACGAGUCAUAGUUCCACAGGCCAUUCUGGUACUGCAAGCAAAAGUAGUGAACUCCGAGAGGGCAAACCACAGUCAAAGCCAUCUGGUGAAAAAAGGACGCAUUCUUCUGGAGACCAUCUAAGUAGGACGGGAAAGGUGAGCUGAUUUCACCAGGCAGUUUACAAAUUCUUGCUAUGGUUAUUUUGGAAAAUCAGCAGAAAUUCCUUCUGUCCAGUUUGAUAGUGAAAGGAAAUCCGCACACCUUCAAGAAAAGCUUAUGUUGUGAGAAGUUAAAGACAGCUUAGGGUCCCAACAUCUACCUACGACCUUUCCCUCUGUUCGUGUCUUACUUAUUCUGUUUUUUUUUUUUUCUGCAGCCAAGGGAUAAAGUAACCGAUAAAUCCAGCGCUAAAAGAACGGAUCGUCUUUUGAACGAUUUAGCCGUCACAUUAGCCGUGGAUAACAUCUCCUUGAGACGACCAAGUCCUGAUGUAGAGGACAAACAUAGAAACUCUGAUCGUAAAAGGCAACCUGCAGACAAAAAUUCCCCAUCUAAAAGGUCGUAUGAAAAGUAUCUAGACCAGAUUAACGAGGUGGACCAUAUUGUCAGGGAUCAAGAUGUGCAGUCGGUGGAUUCAAGUAGUGGUGGUUUGAAUACAAAGGAUACAGUAGUUGGCUGGUACACUACGGAAGAAUCAUCUGAAGGAGAGACAACCGCUUCCGAGAGCGGAACAAUGUGCUUAAAAGGGCUCUGUGUAGGUGGAAAUUCUGACCAAGAUGUCGACAGUGUGGCAGAAUCGUAUGACAGAGUAGAAGGUUCAUUUCAUGCGGGAAAGAGCUCUUUGACUUUUGGUUUCAACUACAAACCUCUUAAGAUCUCACUGGGACAUCCCACAAUUUUAGGCAAUACUGGCCAGCACGCAAAAGAAGCCAAGAGAUUUUCUGGAGGAGACAACACUAAACUACAUGAUAAUUUACAGUAUGCGACAGAGGCAACUUUUGCAGACACCACAAUUCAGCCGUUCAGACCCUCCGCCAAACUCUCCGAGUUUACUGAAAUAGAAACCAACUCUUCGUGCACUGUCGACAAACUUGAGAAGACACCCGAGACGGUCGAUGAGAAGACUAAUGUGGAUGAAAAGCUUAGUAUAAAGGACUCCAAACAGCUGAAUUUCUGCUUGGAGCACCCCGAUUUUCAAGAAAUACAGACAAACGAUACUUUCAUUUUCGAUGAUUUUAAGAAGACGCAAAAGGAGAAGGCCAAUGAAGAUGCGCUCGCUCUAAAAACCAGUGGCAUUAGCUUGGUAAGACAAGAAGAUGGAAACUUGCGGGUCGAAAAUUGUCAUGUUGUUGAUAUGGAGUUUUCGUCUGAUGAUCAGAUAUCUCCAGACGUAAUGAAGUCCGGAAACGAAUUUUGCUACAGUAUAGAUUCCAGCAACGUUGAGAACGAAAUCGUUAAUAACGGUAAAGAGGAGAAGUGUGUCAGCAGGAAAGCCACUCUGGAUGUUAGAAGAUCAAAGGAAACAUUAAAUUCAGGAGGCGUUACCUCGAGUGUUAUUGUAACUCCCUUGAAUCAGAACGUACCAAGCAUCUGUGACAAAGAGGACGAGAAUGUCGGUGGAGGUACAUUAGAACAGAAAGCAUACGACGUAGAGCCUAAAGCAGCGGAUAGUAGCAGACACAACGCUGCUGGUCUAUGUUUACGCUCCACCAUACCAAGCAUUUAUUCGGACAAAGUAAAUCAAGAUUGUCAAAAGGCCUUAACACAGAGAAGUUAUAACAUUAAAGACCGUAAUUAUGUUGGUGGAGGAAAACGGGAAAGAACUACUUUGGAUGACGACCAAGUGGACAGCAUUUAUACUGAAGAGGAAUUAUCUAGCUGCAACACUUCUAAUGUUGCUGACCAGAAUCAACAUAAAAAACAGCCAUUAGGCGCUGACAACCUGGAAAAAGAAACAACAAACACAGAACGUUUGGGUUUGGAAAAAGAUGAUCUUGGUAUUAAAGAGCGUGAUACAGCUGGUGUAAGUAAAGAAUUAACACAGGUAAAUGACCCAAAUGGCAAGAAGAAAGUGAUUCUUAAGAGUGACUAUGUGGUUCACGGCAAGAUCAUGCAAGAAGAAAUUUGUCACGACAAUGACGGUCAAGAUUAUAGCGCUAUGAUACAGGGAUGCAAUAUGGAGCGUAAGCAUGAAGACAACAGUGGACAAGAGACAACGUCUGAUGAACGUAUUAAUGACGCAGUCAAAGGUAUCAGUGUUAGUGACGUGAGUCAAGAAGUUGAGCGUAAGAAGGAAGCCACUUACAGAGAUCAAGAGCGUUUAAAUAAGAGGGGUCUUGGUGUCAUAUCCAAAGAGAACAGAACCAGUGACGUUUAUAACAUGAGGACCAAGGAAGGAGAGGGCUCUGGAUCUGCUGUUUUGAUUUCAGAAGAAGAGGUGUGUGAAGGAAAGAGUAGCAUUUCCACGUACUAUGAUAAUAACGGAAUUCAAAAGCGGAGCAAGCAAAAAGAUGUUGAUUUUGAUCACCAAUUUGGAGGACAGAAGGUUGAGAGAAGGGCUUUGGGUAUGACCGCUAUAGAUGACUUUGACGUCAGCCAUAAGGAAAUUCAAAUUGAGGAUGUGAAUUCAUCAGAUAUUGUUAAAAAAAUGUACUCUUCCCAAGAUUUAACCGCACGUUGUAAAGGAAAUUCAAAUUGUGAAGAUCAUGUUACCACCCAACAAAGAAUUCAUUCCUCAGACAAUACAAACCUGUCAGUUAGCUCUUGGAAUAAGGAUGAGAGAUGUCCCACGGUACACAGAAAUGGUCUAUCCAGUCAGGGAAAUUUGCCCAGACGGAAAUGUCAUCCGGUAACAGAAAUUUCCAAAGCUGAUGUGGUAAGUAAAGUUACUGGUUUAUCGCAGAAGAUCUCAGAAGGUUGCCGAAGUUUCGAUAUACGCGUCCUAGAACGGGGAGAUUGCUGUAACGUUUCCCAAGCUGAUUCAGGUAUCAUUGACCGUUCGUGUUUUAAUUGGUCACGAAUGGAAUCCCGUCAGUCGAAUCUGGACGAUAGUGAUAAAACUGUCAGUUCAUCCCCUGAUACAUGUAGCGUGAGUCAUGGUCUAACGGAGAAUAACCUUUCGGUCAGGGGGAAUUUGGAACACGUUGAAAUGGAAAUCUCGUCCGAUGAAGAACAUAGGCCCAAACUAACUGGUCCUAUAACCAGCGUUGUCGACGAAGCCAGUGGCGCCAAACCUUACUCACCCAGUAGUCCUACUAUGAAAAGUGACGAUCAGUGUUCUCCUCAACCCAAGCAUUCCUCUCCCUAUUCCCCAAGUCAUCCGACAAACGUCAGUGAAGGAGAUCUGGAUCAGAAUAAUCCAGUUAAAGAGUUAAGCUACCACGAAGAAGGUGACGCGCAUGGUGUAAGUACAUCUGAAGACAGGAAGAUCAUUGCUGGUCCCGUCGAGAACAGUUUCCAAGGUAACAACGCCGGUCACAAUGAACGUACCGUAACUGCGCAGGAGGUUAGGAAUAACGGCAUUGAUAUUUGUUCUGAAAGUCUCGUCACGGUGUGCUCAAAAACGUCUAAAUCUGAAUCUUUACGCAGCAUACCAACUGUGGAAGAUGCUCUUGAUGUAAACGUGCCAUUAGACGAUGUAGCACAAAGUGGUGAAAGAAAGACCCGCUGUGAAAAAGAGAGUGUCGAUGACAAGGGCAUUGCAGCCUCACGUUGUAAUUCUUCACCUAAUACCAUAAAUGAAAAAGGCCAGAAAUCUUUGCUACGUCGCCCACAGAGGACACAGAGCUUACCCAAUAUUUCCACAGUGGUUUCAAAACCGAAAAUUGUGUAUAUCUCUGCAACACGGUCUAAAGACUUUAACGCUCAUGAAACGAUCCCUUCCAAGAAUGAUAACAGUGUAGAUAAAGCAAUAAAAUCCGACGAUGUUAACUGUGUUAAAAUACCCAUUGUGACAACUGUGGAAAUCAAUCCCCAGAAUUCCAGUCCAGAAAGCAAGCGACCGUUUGCAUCUAAUGUGUCUUUGGAGCUACACGAAAGAUCACCUUGUACAUUUUCUAGUUCCCAAGGAACAAGUCAAACAACAGAGGUUACUUUUAAAGACAGCCUAAGUAUGAACAAAACUGGUGAAGGCAUAGAAUUUGAUCCUAACUGUGAUUCGGUUGUUACUCCAGUAACCUCUGAAGAAAUCGAGAGGAGGCCUAUAACAUCAACGCGUAAAGUUGAUCUAGAUAAACAAGACGGUUGUAAAAGUCACGAGCGUGCGAGAAAGAUGGUUCGUGAGGGUGAAAUUUGUAAUAGAAAAGAUGAAUUCGAUGAAGAAUCUAUGGUAAGAGCUUCUGGUCAAGGUGUUCUAACGCCCCAAACCCAUUCUGCUUCACCCUCUAGGCCCGACCACAAAAGGUCCCACGAAGACAGGGAUGGACCUCGGCCGUGUAAGGUGCCAAAGAAAUCUCUGAAACUCAUCAUACCGAGCCAUCAGGUAUCUGAUGGUAAUGCCACAGGUACACCACCUCAAAGUGAAAGUAAAGGCGGUUCCUGCGCAGUCACAGUUUCUGACAGGAACGGCAGUAAAGCAGACCCAUCUAAAGAACCUGUGAAUGUGACUGGUUACGUGAUGGCCACUCGACCGCCCACCAUUGUUACAGCAAAUUCGAAGACUGGUUUCAUUUCAAAGAAAAUCACAAAACCUCGUGCGAAAAUAUUGAAGAAAACCACCUCUCAUACUGUCACUCGCGCAGACUUGGACUCUGUGUCGCAGCAAAACAGUUUGCCAUCCAGUGAGAUUGAUAACGAUGCUAGUGAAGACAUUGUGACGGUUCAUUCGUCUGAGAAUAGGGAAAUUUUGACUGAUCUUCUUAGCAGCAAAAAUACAGAAGGUGAAAGCAAUUCGAUUUCUCGAAGUGAUAGUUUCAAAGCUACAGACAACCAUGCGUCAUCUUCGUCGACAAAAGACUCGUCGCAUUACCAGCAUAACAAACAUCUUUUAAAUUCUGGUGAAAGUAUCCGCACUGACGAACACAGGGAGAAGGGAACAGGGCUAGAACCUGAUCAGAUUGCUUUUAGAAUGGAAAGACUUCGGAAGAAGAAAGAAGAAAUUGAACAGGUGAAGUACUUUUGAAAACCUUUUACUGUUUUUAAUCAGUUGAAUUGUUUAAUGCUUUAACAUCCUUAGUUUCCCUUCUCUGCGGUUUGAAGUUAAAUCUAAAAUAACGGAAUGAUGCAAAGUACUAAAAAAACAAACAUUGCCAUUCAAAGUAUUGUUUAAGUGCGUAAUUACGUAAUUUACAUUCGACGAUUCGUCCACCAACCUUUUUUUCCGGAAGAAAAAAAUAGAGCUACUUUUACUUUUUUCCACUCCUGAAAACCGGCAAACCCUUUCAACCUUAAUAGGCGCUGUAGAAAGUGCGAAGUCAUUGUUUUAGAGUUUUUGGCUUUCACUGGAUUAAUAGAAGGCAAGAUAUUUUCCUCUUUCAGGGAUUUUCUUAUCGCCUCUGACUUUUUGAAAUAAAUAUGCUGUUACCUUUAUAAUGUCACGGGUGACAUUCUUAAUGGCGGUUCCGUCUCCAUUAGGAGACGUAAAAAUAGUGUCGCCAGUUAGAACUUUCGUGCUAAAUACACUGACACUCCAAUAAAGUGCAUUUUUUAUUUUUUAUUUUUAUUUUUUUUAAAUUAUGAAUUUUGGCCAAAAUAUGUACUUCAAACCUUUUAGCGCUUGGGGUUCUCGAUACAUUGAACAAGUCAAAAACCUAGGAUUGUGAGCCUAGUUCAUUUGUCUCCCAGGAUAGCAACUGGUAAUCAGAUGAUAUUCUCGUUAAAUUAGGAAAUAAUUUCACUCGUCACUGUUUGAUGACACCUACCAUGAGAAUGAGGUGUUUAGCGUUUUGCAGUAAACUUGUUGAGGUCCCCAAACAGUCACUUAAAGGCCGAUAAACUAUUCAUGGGUUUAUUUAAUGUUUAAGGUGUACAAGAGAGAAUGUCAGACGGUUAUCAACGUUGUCAAGAUGCUAGUAAGGUCAGUUGUUUUCAGUACCACCCAUAUGUGUAAGUGGUUCUCAAUACUACGUGUUGUAAAAUCAAACUCUGGUCAAUCAUAUAGUGUGGUUGAGAAGGAAACCUGAAUUAUUCAGGUUUAGACGAAUCCUCAGCUUUGCGAAGACUGGGUUAUAGAGUUAUCAAGGUUUUACUGCAGUGGAAGAGUUGAGCAAAUUGAAGGUCAAGUGUUUCGCUUUCGAUUAGAAACAAUCUGUUUUUGGUUGGUUCGGUUGAUAACCUUUUCAACUUCUUCACAGCUCUGUGGAAAUGUUUGAAAACGGUAUUUCGCACGCAACGUUCUAAUUUUUGCGCGUGAACUGCUUGAGCAUAAGUUCCCGUUUACUUCGAGGAAGUAUGGAAUUAACUUUAGCCAGUGACAAUCGCCUAUCGACCGAAAACGUUUGGGAAAGUAGUGUUAUUGCAUUUUUAUCUUUUGGGCUGUUUUUAUUUUUCAGCAAUGACCCGAGAUUAGAAGGUAUCUUACAGAAUGCUGUUCGUCGUAGUUUGCAAGAAAUGGGAGAAAGAUGUGUGCAAGAGUUAGAAAAGGAGGUUCGUCCUGCAACGUGA